UCAGAUACCUGCAGAGUGAGUCAUACUACAAAAAUCAUUAAAGUGACAGUCAACUUUGGUGAUCCACAAAUACUAUAUUAUAGAAUUCCUCAGAUCCCAAAUCUGUCAUCAUAAUUCCCAUUUUCAGUUCAAUAGAAGCUUAGCUUAGCUCCAUUUUCCAUCAAUGGCACAGUUUAGCAAUGGCUCAACCGUCGAUCCAAGAACCGGCUAUUCUCCGGCGGACUCAACAUUCUACAGUAAACGAGACCCAAUUCCCUUGCCAGCAAAUGAAGCUCUCGACGUGACAACUUUCAUAUCAUCACGAGCACACCGCGGCAAAGUCGCUUUCAUCGACGCCACAACAGGGCAGCAACUCACUUUCUCCGACGUCUGGAACGCCGUCGAAUCUUUAGCCACGUGUCUCUCUAUCGACAUGGGAAUUCGUAAGGGCAACGUAGUUCUUCUCCUCUCACCAAACUCCAUCUAUUUCCCCAUUGUUUGCCUCGCCGUCAUGUCCCUCGGCGCUAUUAUCACCACAACAAACCCCCUCAACACCCCACGUGAAAUUAACAAACAGAUCAAAGAUUCAAACCCUGUAAUCGCUUUCACAAUCCCUGAACUCCUCCCUAAGCUCGUCGAUUCUAAUCUCCCGAUUAUUCUUAUCAACAAUCAAACAACAAAUCUUACUCAAAAGGAUAAUUUUAAUUUCAAGAUUUUGGGUAAUUUAGAGAAUUUGAUUCAGAAAAAACCUGUUCAAAGCAGAUUGAAAGAGCGAGUGACACAAGAUGAUACGGCUACUCUGCUUUAUUCUUCAGGAACUACUGGUGCAAGUAAAGGAGUUGUUUCAUCUCAUAGAAAUUUAAUUGCUAUGGUUCAAACAAUUGUGGGUCGGUUCAAAUUAGACCAGGGAGAACAAACUUUUAUAUGUACGGUACCCAUGUUUCAUAUUUACGGUUUAGCAGCUUUUGCAGCAGGAUUAUUAGCUAGUGGAUCGACAGUCGUGGUACUAUCGAAAUUUGAAAUGGACGAAAUGUUAUUAUCAAUUCACAAAUACAAAGCAACUUAUUUACCACUCGUGCCACCAAUUCUUGUUGCUUUAGUGAAUAAUGCUGAGGUGAUUAAAAAGAAAUAUGAUUUGAGCAGUUUAAAGAAAGUUCUUUCUGGGGGUGCACCGUUAAGUAAGGAAGUAAUUGAAGGGUUUUUGGAGAAAUAUCCUAGUGUGGCAAUUUUGCAAGGGUAUGGGUUGACUGAAUCAACGGCAAUUGGGGCGUCAACGGAUUCGUUAGAGGAGAGCCGGAGAUAUGGGACGGCGGGGAUGUUGUCGCCGAGCAUGUCGGCAAAAAUUGUGGAUCCGGAAAGUGGGAAGGCUUUUCCGGUGAAUAAGACCGGUGAACUUUGGCUAAGGGGACCUACCAUUAUGAAAGGUUAUUUCAGUAAUGAAGAAGCUACUGCCUCAACUUUAGACUCAGAGGGAUGGUUAAGAACUGGAGAUCUCUGUUAUAUAGAUGAGGACGGUUUCAUUUUUGUGGUUGAUAGAUUAAAGGAGCUGAUCAAAUAUAAGGGUUAUCAGGUUCCUCCAGCAGAGUUAGAGGCUUUGUUGCUCACUCAUCCAGAAAUUUCUGAUGCUGCUGUUAUACCGUUUCCGGAUAAGGAUGUCGGACAGUUUCCUAUGGCAUAUGUAGUAAGAAAAUCUGGAAGUAGUCUGUCAGAGAGUGCAGUCAUGGAUUUUAUUGCCAAACAGGUGGCUCCAUACAAGAGAAUCCGGAGAGUUGCAUUUGUGGCUUCCAUACCCAAGAAUCCUUCUGGCAAAAUACUCAGGAAGGAUCUGAUAAAGCUAGCAACAUCUAAACUUUGAAAAAGGAGAUUAAGAGUUUCCCCUGUAACUAUAACUUUCAGCAGCCAUAGUUUGUGAUCAUGGCUACUAGAGUAAACUCAUUAUUCCUUUGGUGUAUCAAACUUAUGAAUGUCGGAUUUGAGUUUUAA